GCCUUUUAUUUUCUAUUUGUCAAACUUGUACGGACGGAUAUUCGGUUUGGAAACAAAGACUUUGGGUUGUGUUUGUUUGGUUUUAUGAGUUAGAGAAAAAGGCAGACAUCGGAUCUGAAAUGGGUUUUUUUGGUUAAAUUUUUUUUUUCGUAUGACAGAUGAUUGUUGAGACAAUGAUUUCCUGAAGAAUUUUUUUUUAAGAAAAAAAUUAACAUCGAUUGUCUUUUUUCGUUUAGCUUUUUAUUUUUUAUAUUUUAAUAAUUUAAUGAUCCAAAUCUGACAACCAAAACCAUGAGGAAGAAGCUCGAUACCCGUUUUCCCGCUGCUCGUAUUAAAAAGAUUAUGCAAGCUGAUGAAGAUGUUGGGAAGAUUGCUUUAGCAGUGCCUGUUUUAGUUUCUAAAGCAUUGGAAUUGUUUCUGCAAGACCUUUGUGAUCGUACGUAUGAGAUUACCCUUCAGAGAGGAGCAAAGACGAUGAGCUCAUUGCAUCUAAAGCAUUGUGUACAGAGCUAUAAUGUAUUUGACUUUCUAAGGGAUAUUGUCAGCCGGGUUCCUGACUAUGGUCAUGGCCAUUCUGAUGCUGGUGCUGACGAUCGAACUAUUUCCAAAAGAAGAAAAGCUACUGGAGAUGAAGGGAAUGACAGUGAUGAAGAGUCAAAGAGGAGCAGAAUGCAUGAUGUGGGUCAUGCGGGGACAAGUGGCAGAGGGAGAGGCCGGGGACGAGGAAGGGGCCGUGGAAGGGGAGCUCGAAAUGUGGAAAGAGAUUCUCAUCGUGAAUUAGAACCAGAACCCUGCCAACCUCUUCAGCACAGCAACAAAAGUCUUUCAACCCCUGGAAUGGUGAUAGAUGAUGGCUCUGAGUCAAAGGAACUGAUGAAAGAGAACACAAUUGGUGAAGAUGCCAAUCAAGCUGUACGGAAUUUUGAUUUGAAUGCUGAGGUAGAUGAGAAUGUGGAUACGAAGGCCUCAGCAGGUGCCUCUGCUGCUGCGGCAACAACAGCAACAGCAACAGCAGCGGCAGCAGCUCAGCCUUCAUCAGCAGAGCCUACAACAGAAACUAAACAUGAAGAAUACCCAGGCUGGUCUCUUUCAGAAAUGGACAAGAUGGCCAUUGAUCCUCUUCAACUUGCUCAGCUUGGCAGAAGGUUAGAUGAGGAUGAAGAAGAUUAUGAUGAGGAAGGGUAAGUAGUUAUGGAGCUGGACAUCUAGAAAAAGUUAAGUGGUUGAGAUCAGAUUAGCACCUCAGUACAAAAGUUGAGAAAUGGCAAAAUAGUCAAGAUGACCUUAUUGGAGAAUGGAAGUACAUCCUAUGUAGGUCUUAAGGGCUCAAAUGCAUUUCUCUCUCUCUCUCUCUCUCUCAGAGUUUAUCCUUGUCAUUGUUCACUUUCUGUUAUACCAUUUGCUAACAUAAAAAGGUAGCUUCUCACAAUGACAAGACACUAGUUUGGGAUGUGCUUGUUACUCAAUGAGAAAAUAUUGCGUCCAUAGUGUAACAGAAUUGCCCUUAGAAAAUCUGUGUUAACUAUGAUCUUUUGCUCUUUUUGUUUUGAUUAGCGUAUCAACUUUAGUUCAUGAUUGUCAAAUUUAGCAGUAUUGAUCAUUUCUUUAAUUGCUUUAACUUCA